CGGGUGGUUACACUUGACAUUUGUAAGUAUUUAGUAUUCUGUCUCCAGUUCGCCUUUUAGGUUCAAAUUUAGAAUGGAAAAUUUACAUAACGGUGAUGAAAAUCGGGGAGAUUAUCAUACCUCCGAACGUCAAGAAGCGGGAGAAUCGUCUACUUCAACCGCCGUUCCUCCUCAGUCGAGAGAUAUUGGCGAGGCUUUAGAGACUAUUGGAGAAAACAUGGGCCAAAUGGCUACCAUGCUACAACAAAUCUAUGAAGAACGACGUUCUUCGAAGAGCCCAACGGGUCGAAAACGAGCUCGCUCACAGUCGCCACCGGCGAAUAGUUCGACAAAAUCAAAGUCAGCACUCGGCUCAACAGGCUCGACCACGCGUCAGACCCAUGAAGGGAGUUCCCGCCAAAUUGACGAUGAUCGAGUUAGCAUUUAUGCGAGCGGUAGCGAACAGGAUGAUCUUGAGGAGGACCUCUUAUUGCUCACCGGGCAAAACAAAUCGGUCAACGACCAACCAGACUCUGACCUUCUUCGCGACUUAGCUAACGCGCUUGAGGAAGAUGAACCCACCGGGGAAAGUGUCAAUCAACCAUUGGCUGAUAUUGCCAACAAGCGUUGGGGCAAACAGUUAGGUUCUGAUAAGGUUAAGGCACUACUUACAAAAUACAAACGUCCAGAGAAUUGUAGGGAUAUUACUGAGGUCAGAGUGAACCCAGAGAUUUGGGGUCAACUCUCCUCCCAAAAGAAGAAAACUGACUUACAAUUAAGCAAUUUUCAACAAAUAGCAAGGAAACUCCUGUUUGCUAACCUUCAAAUGACCAAUACCUUAUUGGCAGGGCAACAAAUUGAUUCUAAAUCAGUGCUAGCUCAAUCUGUUGAUUCUAUUGCCCUUCUGGGACAUAUGAAUCACAAUUUGUCCCAAUUAAGGAGAGAUCAAAUACGUCCAGCGCUUAAACCGGAAUAUGUGUCUAUAUGUUCCUCCUCUGCAGAUCAUGAGGACAGUAAGUUGUUGUUUGGUGAUGAUCUGCCAAAGCGGCUGCGGGAUGCUAAGGAAUCCUGCAGAAUAGGAAACACCAUGACACACAAUAUCACACGACAAAGUGGUAGGAAACAAAUUUCCAGGGAAAGUAAUGCUAGCGGCCAACGAGCAUCUGGUCACCCUUAUCGAAGACCAGGGAAAGAUUUUUCUGGAAAGGCCAGACUCGGCCUGCCA